AUGCCGGCUUUUGAACGUCUGCAGAUAUACGCCGUGGAAAAUGACUACCUAAGUAGGAGGAAUUUUCCAAUUUUUUUCGAUGCCUUUGUAAAUUCGAGUAUAUUUUUUAGAGAAAAUGCAGAAAAUAUUCUUCCUUCCACUUAUUUGAUAGUAAAUUACGUCUUCUUUGAAUUUUAUGCUUCCGUUUUACAAACUCUCUAAUCAUGAGAUUUUUUAGAUCGUGAAAUGUCCAUUCAUAAAGCAUUGUAGCUCUACAUUUAUUCAUGUUGCUCGUUAAGUAUACAGGAUUUUUCAAGUCUGUUGCAAAAUUUUUUGGACUUCAUAUGAUGUCUUCUUAAUAGCAUACUGAAAUGUAUGCUCUUCCUUACAUGAAAAAUAUACAGCAAAUGCGACAACGGGUCGGGUUCAAAGGUAUUCAGGAACUGAGAAAGUUCUUUAAAACCGAAUUAUACCCUUCCUUUUGGCAUAAAAUUUAACAACGACGUAGUUCGCCACCAAAUGAGUGGAAGGACAAAAAAUUUCGUGCAUUUUCUAUAAAAUAUAUUUGAAUUUAUAGGGGCACCGAAAAUCAAUUAGAAAAGUUCGUACUAAAGUGGUCAUUUUUACCGAGUGUAGUUUUUGCAGACAGCCGGAAAGAAGUUCGUUCAAAAACCGGUAUCCCGAUAUGACUGAAAUAUCUUGGGAUUCUGCUGCACGAUCAUUAAUGUCACAACUCCACUUAGGUUUUUUUCGAAUCGAAAACACAUUUCAGAAUUUCGGUUAAUAUUCCAUGAGAUAGCACAUCUACCGUAUGCGUUCCUUAGUCUAACAGGUCAGUUUUGCCAACAGGUGAUCACUUCUCCCCUGGCAUCUUAAUAUUGCGCGCCAUCAAAUGACACGACUACGAAGCUGGACCGACCCGAGUUGGCUUAGGCUAAUCGGCGAAGACGAAGUCAUUGAUUGGCACCAAAGCUGAUGCCCCUUCUCCUGUCUUCCCCCACGCCCCAACGCCGUAUAUUUCACCCCGCUUCAGCCACCAGCAGAGUGUCUCGUUGGAUGACCUUUCGCCACCAUAGACACCCCUAUGGCUUGUUCGGCUAGCCCAGUUCGCCACCACCCGGCUUCAGGUCUAUACAGACAACCUGCUGAAAAUUAGAGCUAGCCAACCAUCUCAUCUGUUCAAAAUUCAGGUUAUAGUGCACUCUAUCUUCCUGGAUUCUGACUGGACAAUCACCGGCUCAAGUAAACAGCCUGUGCUGGCUAAAUUCGCGACCAGGCAUUAGGCCAAAAUAAACGGCUAACGAAUUACCUGAUGACUUUAUUAAUCUGAAUCCAGUUUAGGAGGACACCUCUUUGUUUUCAAGUAGUAAAUUUUAAAACUUAAAAAAGCUUUUUCCCUAUCUUGGAAAGUUGUUGGCUGGAACGCUCACGCUUUUGCCGCUUAUAAAAGUCAUGCUUCCUCAUGUAUAACUCCGUUGGCAACCGGGUUCUUUCUUGCUUCUGUGCACAACUCCAUUGUGAACUUACAACAGGUGCCACGUGACAUCCAUCUUCCCCUAUGCGCUCUGUUCCCUACCGGUUAAUAGUCCCACUCUUUUCUUCCUACCCACUGUCUCUAUUUUGGCGAUCGUAAAUACCGGUUCGAGACCCUUCAGAUGAUUUUGUUGUAAACCGGGCAAUUUUUGGAAUUCGCUCUUUAUACUUUUCGCCUGUAUUUGCGAGUCAAUUUACACAGGUGAAGUCCCUUUCACAGACUAGAAAACAGGCCCGAUUAUAGUUGGACUUUUGUCUAUCCCAAGGCUGGCUUAAUUAUUGGAGGCGCUUUUUUGCGUCCGAAGGGUAUCCUCAUCUCUCAACGAGUAUUUCCUCAAAACCGUUGGGCGUCGGACUGACGGGGUGAUUACUAGGUGCCAGUGUCUCGACGCUUCCAGUUUUCCUUGCUUAUCAUCUAAGGAAUGCGAUUACGGAGUUGCGGUCAUCUAUUCCUGACCAGUGAUAUGCUCAAAAUUACGCCUGGCUGGACAGGGCGACUUCCCUGUCGUUCGAUCAGCACGAGGCUGGUGUUCCACGUCUUGAAAAUCCUAUCACCAAAGCGUCUGACCUCCGUAAUGUGUCGUCGACCUGUGGCACCAGGUAGAAACACAGCAGCUUGUGAUGUAAUACGAAGGAGGUGUCUUAUUAUAAUGCACUCAUUUUACUCAAGUAAACGAAUGUCAGAGAAACGCUAAGGACUGAGACGGAGAUCGAUAAGUCACCGGAUUGAAUGCAGAGGAAAGAGGUAGGGAAAUAACCGCCGGACAUAAUGCAUAUGUUUGGAAAUUUAUCGAAAGAAUCCAUGUAAUAGUAGAAGACAAAGCACGACGUCGAAAAUAUGAGACUCAUUUGAGACGAGCAUAAGUAAACGGCUGUAGGAUAUGGCCGCAGUCUGUGAAUACACUCAACUGUUUUCUGGUUCGUCAGAAGGCCGUUUUAUUUGAUUGACAUAGUUCUUGUCCUUCCGAAUGGUUGGAAGUCGCCUUUGGCUUCUGGACCAACGACAAUGCUAUCAGCUGGUUAGCCGUCGAUGGGGGGUGGUGAGCAUGGCCUUUAAAUCCCGCCCCUGGGGAAGGUGACCAUGUUUGUUUGUCGUAAAAAUAGUGUUCGACCGUGGUUACCGACUGUCCACGGUGUCUCCCACAGCAGGAUGUAUUUUCAGGGACGGGGACUUGCGUGUGAACUAGUUUGUACUGUGGACUUUCGCCGCAUCCACCACACUCCUUACCCACCUAGGCCUUGUGUCAAGAUAGAGUCAGGAAGGCCGGAGAAGGGAUCGGGUGCGGACGGCUAGGCCUGCGUGGGCCUGCGCCUAGGCGUACCACCAUCCCCUCUGUGUUUGCGCAGCCCAAUAACGCGUGCUGAACCCGGGUCUGGCUCCCGCGUUGAUUCAGCGCAUCCCCCACGUGGCCCGCUGUAAGGGGGAAAAUCGUAAAAAAGUGCUGCUGUUUGUUUGUUUGUCCUGCCUCCGGCACCCCUCUAAAAGAAUGACGCCGACCGUGUGCCCUUUUUGUUUUGCAGGCCGUAUCGACGAUAUGCUGAAUGUGAGUGGUCAUCUCCUGAGCACAGCAGAGGUGGAGUCGGCGCUGGUAUCACACCCGCUGGUCGCCGAGGCUGCUGCCGUCUCUAGGCAUCACAAAAUUAAGGGCGAAUGCCUACACUGCUUCGUCACCCUCAAGAGCGGCCUAACUACCCUCUCGACGGACGUCAGACAGGAGCUAGUCAAUACAGUGCGUGCAAAGAUUGCUCCGUUUGCUGCACCUGACUUCAUCCAGGUAAAUCUGCACCACAUUUUCCCCUCACCGCCCGUCCGUGAGAGUUUUCACCUUUCGAAUUUCACAAUGAUAUUAAUCACGACUUACUGGCAACCAAGUCUGGCGUACAUGAUGUGCUGCAGUAUGUGGCAGGCCUUACGUGGAACUGCCACCGAAGGAGGGGGGCGUCAAGGUUUUGUAGAAAAACGGAACAUCCUAUCUGAAAAUUUAUGUCUCUCCGUGGUGUUGGCGUCAGAGCUCCGGCUGUUCGAUUUUCCUUAUUAGACAAUUUUUGUUUUUUCCAUAUUUCCACUCCUGUCUUAGGCAGACUUGCGGUAGACGUAGCACUUGCCAGUAAGUAACACGAUUCCUGCACGUGGACGGACUGGCUUUCGGCUGGGAAUUUUCCCCGCCGCCUGCGCCCAUGCUUGUGUAACCCCGACUUUACCUCUUAACAGGUUGAACUAAAUUUUCGUUAAUCAGGCUCUCUAGGUAAUUGCAUCUCCGUUAGGUUUGUUUUCAAUGUCUUCUGACUACAUUGAUAGGUCCUGACCCGCAUAGUGUACGUGUUUUGCCUGUCACGAAUUCAACGUUUCGAUGUCUCACUUAAGAGGAUCUUUUUGGCGCUCAUAAAGCAUUGUAGCGGGCCAGAAGCAGGAUGCAUGCCUCGCAAGCUACACUAAUUAGCCUCCAUAGAGCAUGCUGUUGCUUAUACUAGGGUCUCACAAUUACUUAUCUACUUUUCUCACGGUCCAAGCCUUCAAUUUCUUCAGGUGAAAGAAGUAAAGGUCCCGCGUAUUUGUUGAAAUUUACUUUACGCGGACGGUGCAAAUCAGUGGUAAAUAGGUGCUACUUAUGCGCGAACUUCUCUUAAAUACGAUUACCAGAAUCGACAGGAAAGAUUUUCAGCCUAAGACCAACAUGCCAUCAUGGAUGAAUUUGCGUGCAAUUUCCUUCCAUUCCAAUCGGUCGGGAAGUCGAACUGAAGUAAUAUUUUCUACUUAGGGGCCUAUUUAACAACUUCAAUUACUGUUUGCCGCGUUUCGACACAUACUGUACUUUAGCACUGUCUGAUCAUCGUACUUUUUGAGAGACCGCUGUCUGGCCGAUCGAGUGUGGCGUCUACGAAUUGGCACAUUUUUUCUCGCAUUCGUGCAGUUUCUGCACAUCGCGAUUUUCAGGACUUUAGUCACAUAGUACGCAUGAAACGUUCAUAGGUGAACGGCUGCUCCGUAUUUUGCCGUCGUCCAUGUUAAGAACUUUGCUGGUAUCGUACAUGUUCUAGUUUCAUCCCGUUCGAUCCCUUGCCCUCUCAUUUAGGCGGCCCCAGCUCUCCCGAAGACCCGCAGUGGCAAGAUUAUUCGACGACUGUUGCGCAAAAUCGCCAACGGUGAUCGCGAAUUUGGUGAUGUUUCUACCCUUGCCGACCCCAGCUGCCUGGAGGCUCUAUGUGCGGAUCUGGAGAAGGCUCGCUAA